CUGCAGAGAAGAAGAAGAAGGAGGAGGAGGAGGAGGAGGAGAAGAAGAAGAAGAAGAAGAAGAAGAAGAAGAAGGAGAAGAAGAAGAAGAAGAAGAAGAAGAAGAAGAAGAAGAAGAAGAAGGAGGAGAAGAAGAAGAAGAAGAAGGAGAUCGUGCUGUAAUGACUGAAAGUGGCGCUCAGCUUUUUGCUCGUCUGGACGCCCGUCGCUGUCUGAAGGACAUUGAACCUCGACUGUUUCCUGAAGAUGGAGGACCUGACCAUGGUGAGGUGGUGGAGCUGUAUGGAACAGAGGGAACAGGUAAGACGGAGUUGCUCUACCACCUGCUGUGUCGCUGCGUGUUGCCGGUGGCAACCGGCGGUCUGGAGGUGGACGUUGUGUUCGUGGACACCGACUACAGUCUGGACAUGUUACGACUGGUCAGCAUCCUGGACAGCAGACUGAAUGCUGCUCGUUCUACCGGCUCGUCUUUGGCCGGUUCAGAUGAGGCGGCGUUGCGUUCAUGUUUGUCCCGCCUCCUGGUUGUCCACUGCUCCUCCUCCUCCCAGCUCGUCCUCACCCUCCACUUUCUUGAGACUUCCCUGUCGUCGCGGCCUGGACUUGCACUCCUCCUCAUCGACAGCAUCUCCGCUUUCUAUUGGCUGGACCGCUGCGAGGGCGGGGCCAGCGUCGCCAAACAGGAAGAGAAACUCAACAAGUGUGCAGAGCUGCUGGGUCGGCUGCUCAGGGAUUACAGAAUCACUGUCUUCGCCACCUGCCACGCCAUCAGGAGGAGCUACAAUGGACCAUCCUGCUCCUCCUCCUCUGACUACGACCGGCCGUACCUCUGUCGCCCCUGGCAACGUCUGGUGACCCACCGGCUGCUGUGCUCCAGGCAGGAGGCUGCAAACAACAUGGCCGCCCCAGCAGGAGGCAGCAAGGAGCAAAGGGGACAGCAAGUCUUUACCGUCCACUGCACCUCCUCCUGCUCCAGGACGAAGGCUUACAGGAGCAGCUCCUUCUAUGUGAUAGAUGGAGGGGUGAGGUUCAUCUGAACUGCCACUGACUGAGCUGCUGCUCACAAAGUAAACAUCAACCCUCUAUGUCCAUGAGUUUGUUGGUUUUGUUUGUUCUUUUUAUAUUUGGAUUCAUGUAUGAAUACAUUUUUCAACUUUGAAUUAAAGUAUUGAUCCAG